GCAGAGUGCCUUGAAUGGGCACCUUUGUGAUAACUCUAUGCUGCUUUUUAUUUUGUAAAUGGCAAUAAUGAAUAGUUUAUUUUUAUCUUUGAGCGGGUAUUCCAUUGUAGUCCGUUUUCCGCCGAACGUUGUGCAUUGAACGUGUUCAGGAUUUCAUAAAAUAUUUUUGCAUUUGCAUUCAUUUUAUUUUCUUGAAAGUGGUACGUAGUUCCCACUUAUUUUCUUGUCGGCGGUUUAUUCAUCGAAAGUUCUUUAUUUCCACAUCAAGAAUCUUGCAGAACGAUGUUGUCGAAACUAUGGAGGAACGGUGUGAUAACGAGCGCUAUAGAGAUGUAUUGCCUGCCGUGUGAGUGUCAUUUGAGGAGCAUCCAGGAGGCCGAUGCCCAUGUCUCCAAGCCUGUACAUAUAAAGGCUUUGGACGCCACGCCCUUUGCUGAAGGACACGAGGGAAACGGUAUCCGAAAGGUCCCAAACGGUUAUUACUGCGUAUUCUGCAACUUGCUUUUUCCAACUGCAAGCAAAGCUGGUUUGCACGUAACCGAGCCCGACCAUAUAAACACCAAUGGUCAACAACUCCUCAGGCGAGAUGGCAACGCCGUAGUGGCUUAUAAUAAUAUUGCCAUAACUGAAAAAGCUUGGAACGGCUUUCACGGACAAACUUGCGUCGUGUGCAGCAAGGAUUUUGUAUUCGAGAAUAUUCAUAAGAGCGAGAAGGAACAUAUUAUCAGACUGAUUCAGUGCAGGGUUGAAUUUGGUGAUGGGAAGUCGAUAUAUAGGAAGGUUGACGAUAGAUACAUUCAAUGCCUCACUUGCAACGAAGAGUUCCUCCAAGACACCCAACAAUCUCAUUUCAACUCUACAGAACAUAAGACUAAACUUGAUGAGAGUAAAAUAACAACCAAUAACAUUAUAGAUGAAAACGAAAAUAUCACUGAAGAAAAGAAGAUAGAACCAGUUAGCGUAGAUUCCAAGAAGGAUAAUGAAAAACCUAAAGAAACAAUCAAAGAGGACACAGAUAAGCUUAAUGCAGUCCCGAAUAUAGAUAUCGAAAAUUCGAAAGUUAAGAAAGAUACGAAAAAUAAUGCCAUAGAUAAAAAUUCUGGGGCCCAAGACCCUUACGACGUUGAUAAAAGAUUCCGUGAGGUCAUGAACGCUGAUAACUACAUUUCUGAUUUAGGACACCCAUAUUGUAUUAUCUGUGAAGUUGAUGUCAAGGAAGGUAAAGCCUUGCACCUUGCCUCUAAUCAUCAUUUGAAGUUGCUAAAAUUGCACGAACAACAUUUAGCUAAAAUGAAAGCCAACAUAAACACCUUUGACAAUUCCAAUGAUAAUGCUUCAGAAGUAAACAAUCAAGAUUUGAAUGAAGAAAAUGUUGAAGAUAAAAAAAAUGUUGAUCUCAACAAUAAUAAAGACAAAAUACUGGAAUCUGUUAACGAAUUGACAAAACAAGGUGUGAAUAUAAAUUUCGAGUCUUCAAUAGCUACCUGCAAAAAUUGUAAAACAGAUCUCGAAUUCAAUUACGAUUUCAUCAUCAAACACAUUGAAGAUCACAAAGUUAAAACUGAAAAGUUUGAUCUAAAUCAGUAUAAGGAUGAGUCAAAAAAUACUAAACUAUUCUCCGAGCCUGUGAUGAUGAAGAAAGGUGAAGCCAGUGCGAAUGUCGACGACAACAGUGAAAUGAUUGAUUAUGCCAAAAAACAUAACUUGGAAUUGAAAGAUAACUUAUAUUACUGUGGGGUUUGCGGCGUGAAUUUGACGGUUUCGCUGAAGCAAAUAAAGAAUCAUGUUACCGGGAAAGGGCAUAAGAAUCGAUCACGAAGGCCUUCUCGAAACGAAGCGCCCGAGCGGGGCCUGGCUGCCGUUACACGUAGAGUCCCCAUGAUGGAGUUUGUCGAGCAAUUUAACCAAGUGGAAAAUAUGACUUUCUACGAUAUAAUAAUUAAUUUGAAGUAUUGCAUCAAUGUGUUCAGUUUCUUCAUGUUCACGCGGCACAGCAGUAGGCUGAGGUGCCAAGUCUGCAGGGUCAAUUUGAGUUUACAUGAUGUGGAUAUUCAUAAAAUGAAACACGAACAUAGGGAGAAAAUGCAAACAACUAUGGUGGUGACUUCCUUUCCUGAUGAAUUUAUUAGAGAGGUCCAGCCAGCGGUCCUGCAUUGCGGCUACUGCAACUUGGCCGUCAGUGAGGGCGACAUCAACAACCAUCUCCUCAGCAUCUCCCAUAAGGAGGUCAAGAGGGCUAUGAUGGCUCGCUUGCAUCAAUAUCUGCCUAUAAUACAGAAUCAGAGGAGAAGAGCCGCUGGCAUAGAAGCCUUAUUCUUACAUAUGCUUUUUAGGAGUGGUAUGUUCUCUGCAUUUGAUGAUGAUGAUGAUUGAAAUGUUAUUCUUUUUUCAAUUUAUCUUUUUAUACCUGGCUGGUAGUUACAUUUCCAAUUGUUGGAAAAAAUAUCAAAAUUGUUUUAUUUUUCGUUACAUUCUAAUUUAUGGCUGUUUUUUAAGUUUUGUGUGUUUUUUAGUUUUUGCGGCCAACAUUUUUAAUCCGUAAUGGACCAACUAGGUUUAAGUAAAAUUUUAUAAUGGAUCUUAUUUUCUAUUUUAAUGUACUUAAGACUACUACUAAUAAUACUAUUUCAUAAGAAUUUAAGUAAUCAUUUUAUUAUAAUUAUUCUUAAUAAUUUCAACAAAAAAUCCAAAUCAAAAUUUAUAAAAAAUAUCUGAGUACAAGUUAUAGUUUUUAUGUUACAUGUUUUAAAAUCGGUUUAAUUAUAAUUUCAAGACUGUAUCCUUAAGUAUUAAUCAUUGAAAUUGUUGUAAUUUUAAAUAAAUAGUUGAUUUUAA